AUGUCGGACUUCGCGUUUCCGGGGAAGAAGACGUCCGAGGGAAGGCUUCGGAGCGCGGAACUAGUGUCAUUGCUGAGGCAGCUGCAGUGUCAAUCGGCGUCCGGGCCAUCGCCUGCGAGUCAAAAUGAAGGAUCCCACCGGAGUGCGAAGUCCCUCGCCUCCAGCUCGUCCGGCGUCUCCAUGGCUCUUCUCCAGCUCCUGCAACAGCGGCAGCAACAGGAACAGAAGGAGUUGCUUCUUCGCCUAGCUGAGGACGGCCCUCAGGCACCAGGGAGAGAACGAACCACGUCCGCGGCGAGAGCUGCUUCCCGACAACCUGGCCUGUCCCCGGCGCAUGCACCGACGCAGCUGGGCACCCACCCCGCCACUGCAUGCGCGCUGGAGCCGACUGGGAGCGGCUUGCGCGCGCUCCCCGCCUCGGGGGUCUCCACAGCGGAUGGGCCGCCGUUCUCCGAGAGCCGACCGCGAGAGGAAGGGCAGGCUCUGAAGCAGCUCUUCGUCCACCUCAUGGCGGGAAACUCGCAGGGGGCGCCUAGGAGUCGGCAGCUUGCUACCAACAAAGACAGGGCUGCGCCUGCCUCCUCCGAAAGUUCCAAUUUGCCCAGUGAUCUCUCCGACGAAGCGAGCAGCGCGCGGGGUCUGCUGCGAGACAGCCGGCGGGGUGAACCUAGUCCAGGGUCGACUGUCCCUCCGGCGCGGCCUCCGCAGUCUGCGUCGGAUUCUGACGAGAUGAAGAGCGACAAAGAAGGCGCGAGGCCCUUUCCCCUCGCUGCGCCUUCUCGCCGGCUCCUCCCGUCUCACGAGAGAGACGGAGAGCAAGAGACCGGAUCCGCAGGUCUGGAAGAUCUCUCCAAGCUCAAAUUACAGCAGCAGAGGCACGAACGGCUUUUGCGGCAGCAACUGGCAGCUUUGACGAAACUGCAAAACGACUUGGGGGGCAAAGAUCGCGCGGCGUCGGCCGCGACGGCCUUUGUCUCCACGCGUCCCGGCGACUCAGGCAGCGGGACGACUUCCGGAAAGGCCCAGGCUGCGCUGAUGCAACAACACCAAGCUCUUUUACAGCAACAGCGACAGCAAGUGCAGCAGUACCUGAUCGAGGGCGCCGUGGCGGGGGCGGCUUCCGCGGGGGCGCAGCGAGGCGAAGGCGCCAAAGGGGGGCCAUUCGCCGGAGUGUCUCCGGAUGUGUUGAGGCAUCAGGCUCCGGGCUUCAAGGGCUCCAGAGAGCCAAGCCAGGGCAGGAUGGGGGACCUUUCCGCCUUGUCUUCGCUCACGCAGCAAGGUCUGCUCGGAACGUCGGGACCAUCCGCGGCGGCGCUGAAGGCCUUGCAGCAGCGGCUCGCUGCGGCAGCCGCGGCAGGCGCAGCAGCGGCGGGGGGGUCUCUGGGAGUCGACACAGACGUUUCCUCUUCCGAUCAUGACGCUCAGCUCCUCUCGAAACUCCAGCAGAGUGUGGCCGUCGCCUCCUACAAUCUUCUUCGGCUCUCGUCUCCGAGCUCAGCUGAUGCGGCCUCCGUUCUGCGCGGGCUCGGGGAGACUCUCGGCCGCAUCGGAACGUCGCGAAACGGCGAAUCGCUGCCUAAGAAGACGGUCUCUGGGGACUUGCGAUCAUCGGCUAGCGUAGGCGGUGUUGGACCAGGCGGGCCUGCGGCGUACAGACACCGCAGUGAGCCUCAGAGAGACUCGGGGCUCAGCGGCGGGCGGCCGCCCCUCCCAGUUGAGGCCUUGGAGUUGGCCUCUGCUUUUCUUCCCCAGUCGCGAGGCGGAGGGGCGCUUUCCUCGGGUCGCAAAGCCAGAGCCGCGUCAGAAACGGACGUACCGCAUGCGUUCGCUGUUCCUUUCCCCGCGCGAAACCCGACGUCGGCGGCUGCAGCCCCCCCUUCCAGUCUUGACGCUGCCUCUGCGUUGUGCCCCCCUCAUCUACCCUCUCGUCACGGCCCCGCGUCUGCUCAGGCGGGUGUCUCCGGAGACACCUCGUCUCAAGCGUUCCGCGUGCCCCGUGCAAAGUCUCCCGACGACAGCACAGCUCGCGAGCGGGCGGCUGCGGCCGCGAGGGCGGCGGCUGUGUCUGCAGCUGCUGCUGUCGUGGAACCUCCCUUGGAUCCUACGCGAGAGCGCGUCCUCAGGAAGCAUGUGAAGGCCCUGCGCCCGUACUUUGAAGCCACGUUCGCGAUGCCGGGCUUCUUCGGGGGCGCUCGCAAGGAGGGUGAGAGAAAGGGCGCUGCCGACGAGCCGGCGAAUAUCGAGCGAGGUCGUCUCGGAGGCGAGAAUACUAAGGCGGAGCAGGCACACGACUGCGGGCAAAAAGAACGUCCCUGCGCAACGCCCGAGCCGAGGGGCGUGGACGCGCGGACCCUCGGCGACUCUGGGUCGGAUGCACAGAGGGCGGAUGAGCAGAUGGAGGGCGAGGGGCAGGUUGACGGAGCUCAGCCUAAGGAGGAAAGAGGUGAAGAAAAGGGUGUAGAGAAGGAAUUACCAGGCGACGGGUGGGUGAGCGAGAACGGAGAGAGGAAUGGAGAGCAGAAAGACGGCAGUGAAGGAAAGGGAAACACAGCAGUGUCUUCGGGGCCUCACAAUCAAACAACGGAUUCAGAGGAGAAGGGAGAACAAAAGCGUUGCGGCAACGCGGGGGAGGGGACCUGUCUGGGGACCAGAGGCAACCCACAGUCUCGUGUAUGCGUCUCCGAGUGCGGAGCCUCGAUGGCUUCCGGUGACGGUCUUCCCCCUCUUGUGGCUUCUCUAGACGAUCAGCUGCCUCCAUUUCCUCUCGGCUCAAAGAGAUCUGCGUCAAAGAUGCAGGCGGCUUCUGGUGCACAGGCCACGCCGGGCGCCUCGGCGCCCAGCCGUGGAGUCUCAGACUCCCCGCACCUGAGCGUUCUCCGGUGGAGAGCGGAUGCGUCUUUUCUUUUCUACGACGCCGUGCAACAUCUCCGGGAGCAGUGCGGCCUUGCCCCAGACCCCGUUGUCUCCCGCCUGCUGUCUAGACACCCGCGCCAGGUCCGCCGAGAGGCUUCAGAAAGCAAGAAGGCGGCGCAGGACUCCCAGAAGAGGGAAGGCGAGAAAGCGGCUUCAGCUGCGGGGGCGGGGGCACAGGACGAGGGUGAAGGCGGCGAGAAGCGAGAGCCUCGUUCGUCGGCGUCCAUGGAGGGAGACAGCUCGCGGUCACUUGCUGCCGCCGAGAAGGCUGACGCCGUCGACUCCGAAGCGGAACCGCUGAAAGAGAAGGAAAAUGAGAACUCCCAGACUCAGUACCCACCGUCGCUGGCCGAUGUCGAAGACUCUGUUCGUUCUAGCGCGUUUCAGAAGCUCGAAGACGCUCCGGAGACAGGACCGAAGGGCUCCUGUGAAAGACCUUUCCGCACAGAGAAGGAAGCAGGCCCUCUGGAGUCGCCAGACUCCGACGGAUCUCCGGAAGACGAGGCGCUCUGGGACGGAGGCCCGCCCGCGACCGAGCGCUGGUGCAGCGCUCUAAUUGGUGGGUGGGCAGCGGGUGCCAGACAGACGAGAGGGAAACACGGCAUGCAAGAAAAGAUUUCAGAAGACUCUCAAGAGCAAGCUCUGACCCGAGAGUGUCGGUCGACCACUGAUGCAACGCCCGAGCUCAAGAGAGAGAUCGCUGAGCCCGCGAUGCGAGGCCUUACAGGAGACAUAGGAGACAGGGAUGUCGGGAGGGACCUGGUGGAAGCUGCGGGGGGGAGUACCCGCGAUUCCUGGAAAAGUCUGCAAGCCGAGCAAGAGAGACUCGAGGAUCUAACCAUGCCUCACGUGGAUAUUCAGCGGCUGCCGCUCGAGUGGCCUCGAAGCCUGGCGGCUGUCUGCUCCAAGGCUCUGCAGCAACCCGAUGCAGAGAAGUCACAUUCCUCUCUGGUAGCGGGCGUCUGGGACACUGUCUGGGGCGCCUGUCGGCACUUGUGGACCUCGAAGAGGCCUCGUCUUUGCUUUGACAAUCCAGACGAGCUGGGAGAGACGGAGAGAGCAGAGGAAGGCGCUUCGAAGGGGAGUGAGGCGGCGAAAGAGGGCGGCGUCGGGGAGGUUCCGUCUCCAAGAAAGGCAGGCCGAGACUCUGACUCCUCCUCAACUCCAGCAGGCACAGGCGACGAGACCAAGCGCGUGUCGUCUCCGUGCAAAGAAGCGUUGGAAGGCCACGACGAAGAGGAGACCUGCCUGGUGUGCGAGGCGCUCUGGGCAGCUGCGGCAUCGUUUCCCGACGGCGAGGAGGAGUGGACGGCAGAGCGGCGGCCGUUUCGUCACUUUGGACGGUGCCCCGCGUAUGCACUUUCUGGGGGAAAGUUUCGAGUUUCGCAUCCGACCGACGUAGGGCCUUCCGCCAUCCCUGUCGAUCGGAAAACGGAACCUGAGAUAGCGGAGAGGACGCCCCAGCGUCGCCUGCAUCUCUUGCAGGGUGAAGGGCCUCAAGACAAGUCACCGCGCGACGAAGGCGAGGCAAAGUGCGAGUCUGCUUCAAGAGACGGGGAGCCCUCCGCCUCGGCUUCAGUGGAGAAGACUGAGGCGGCGGACGGGCGCGGCUCAGCUGGGGAGACAAAGGCCGAAGAAGACGCGUCAGAAGGUAGUCCGAAGAGCCUGGAGAAGAGGACGAGUGAGCGCCGAGUCGACAAUAGUCGUGAACGCUUCUGGCUGGCGCAUGCACACCAGCCCGUGGCUGUUGACGUCUGGAGGCCGCCGCUGGCGCUGCUCGAGGAGCUCUUUGUCUCCGAGGUCGAACACGAAGUCGGCCGGUGGCGCGUGCAGGACAUCCGCGACCGGCGCAGACAACGCGAAGAAGAAGACGAGAGAGAGGCGAGGGAGCUGCGCGAGCGCCUUGGGAUGAUUCAGCGAAGGAAGGCAGAAGCCGAGAAGGCGGAGAGGGAGGAAAGGGAAGAUCCAAGAGAUUCGACAGAAAUCGAGGGUCUGUUCGAGGUCGACAGCUGGGAGGAAGAGUGCAGUCGACAUGACGGCCGGCCUGGACCCGCGGAAGACGAAAAGGAAUCGCGAGACGGGAACUCUGCGGUCUGCGUUGCUUCUCUGGGGUCUGACUCAUGUUCGCCGGAAGCUCCGAAGGGCGGCUCCGAAGGCGCCGAAACGCUCGGAGACGCGUUCACGCAGGCGGAAAAAAGUCUCUUUGAGAAAACAAGGGAGGAGGCAAAGAAACGAUGUGUAGAUGCCUGGAAAGGCGCUCUCGGGGAACGAGAGGCCCAGGCAGUGCGGUGGAUCAAACGAACUCUGGGUUCGCGUGCACUGCGUCGGGCGGCGUGUGGCCUGUCUCCGCUGCCUUCUGUCUCUUGUCACAAGUCUUCUCGCACCAUGUCUCCCUGUGGGGCUGAACAGGUGACGGUGAAGGUCGAGCCUCAGGGUCACACUAGCAAUCCCCCUGCGGUUUUGCCAUUGACUCCGACGCAGACUCUCUCGCUGCGCUUCGUCAAAGGAACGGAAGAAGACGGUUGGGCGGUUUUCGCUGCGUCAGCCGAAAAGGAGACAGGGUAUGGGUCGCCUGGGGCAUCCGCCGAAUCGCCUGAGGCGCCCAAAGAGGAAGAGAACGGAGGGGUUCCCUGCAAAGGAAAGGACCCCGACGAAGGCGGCGGUCUGCUUCGUCGGUUCCCUCUGGCGUCUCUUGGAUUCUUCCACGGCUGCCGCCUGGCUCUCGAGCUGAUGCGUGAGAAAGGAAAGUUCGACGCAGAAGAGACGCAGAGCAGGGAGUCGGAGGCGCCGGCCCCCGAGGAAGCCCGUCGACAGAGCGAUGCGCUUCGCGAAGAAGAAGAAGAGCUUCGGUGUCUCCUCGCUCAGCACUCCGCAGGCGCGUCCUCCAGCUGGCGAUGGUGGCGCGAAUUCACUGCCGAGAAGGAAGAAGAGAACCUCGCGGUGUCGGCCCUAUCCCAGCUGCCGCCGUUGUUCUCGCUGGCGGAACGCACCGGUGAGGCAGAGGAGGAAGCACCGGCGCCGAGCGAGGACGAGAAACCAGUCGAACGCACUCUGCCUUCCAGGACGACGCGCAGCUCACGGCUUCUCCAGGAAAAGCUCGCGCAGCUUAACGCUUCUCGUGCGUCUUCUUCCCUUGCUUCUUCUCUGGGCUCCUCAGCCCCGGCAACUCCACAGGCGGAGAACGGGAAGGCCGGCCGUGCUGGCGCCGGGGCCUCGCAGCGCGGGCCGGGUGGAGCAGCGACCGGACAGGGGCGUCAGGCCGGCUUCGGCGCUUCCAGUAGAAAGAAGAAAAUCCGGGUUCUGGUGGUGGGUCGAGACGAUGUCUCGGACGUGACUCAGGACUGCAGGGAGUGGCUUCUCCGGCGUCUGCGGCUCUUCGGACCAAAGCGCGCGCGCAGCGGUGGGGCGGCUCCACUGGAGGGUCGGGGGGCAGAUCUGUCGCUUUUGCGGGAGAUGCGCGGAGAGACGCAAGCGAAGAGAAGGAAGGUCGACCAAGCAGAGACCGGCGAAGAGACAGGGUCCGUAGGUGAAGAGACAGGGCCCUCAGGCACAGACAGACGCCCGGCUGACGAAGACGGGGGCGUUUCGUCAGUAGAGACUGCGGAUGAUGUUCGAGGAAGAGGGGAUGUCAAGAAGACAGGAGGAGAAACGGGUAUGUCUUCUUCGCCAACUGCGGGCGUCGUGGAGCGAGGAGAAAAUGCAUUUCAAGAAAGCAAGAGCGAAAGCUUUGAGAACUUCAGAGGCAGACGCCCAGAGGGCGAAGUGGGAACCUGGCGCGAGGGAGUGAGAGACGAGGCGUCGUCAGAAAGAGUGGAGAAAGAGGGGGCCGAUGCAUGCAGUGCAUGCAGACUCCGUUGUUCUGGAAGAUCGAAGAAGGAUCUUUCCUGCGGGAAAGAAGACCAGGAAGAGCAAGAAGACACCCCCCAAAGAGCAGUCGACGCCUCUUCAUCUCAAGAAGAAGGGCCGGGCGCGGCAGUCGUGCGUGGAAAGCGAAAACGAACGGAACAUGUGUCUCAGGUGUCUACUUCGAGUUCUUCAGGACGCGCUACGCGUCUACUGCUAGAACGCCUCUGUGAGCUGCGUGCUCACGCCUCAGGGGUCGGGCCGUACAGCGGCGGCGAGAGGCUUCUGUUGCGCUUUCAGCCUGAAGCCUCUUGCUCGGCGUCCCCGUGUGAAGAGAAAUCUGAAGACGGAGGAGCUGACUCACGCGAGCCAGGCGGCGCGUGGAGCAGCGAAGGCGAAGAUGCCAGAGGCCCCAGAGACCGCGAGGCAUCCGCUCGGAGACACACGGCAAAUACGUACUCGCUUCGCCACCGUCGCCGCUGCUCUCACUCGCCGGUUCUGAAGGGCCACCGCCAGAGUCCCUCCAGUUCUUCGCGUCAGCACGCCCGCGCCGCUGCCUACGCUGCUCAGGAUGCAUGCCGACAGAGGUCUCCCGACGCGUCUCCGUCUGAUUCUCGCGAGGCGUUUUCCUUUUCGCUUUCCCAUCUGCGAGGCGGUCGCGUUUUCGGAGGCAAAGGCUCCACCGCUGGCCUCGCUCACAGUCUGAAUGCUGCAUGCAGUCCGAGGCAUCGGUAG